AUGUCCAGGAUAUUGGACGAAUUAGAAUAUGCCACUUGCGCUGUUAUAUGGGUGGUGUUACUGAUAGGCAGUUGUGCUGCUGCAGAUCCGAACCAUAUAGCGACAAAGAACAAGUUGACGGAAACAAAAAAGAAAUGGAUGGAUGAUAAAAGACACCAUCUUCAACGUAGACAGGACCAAAUGGUCAAAGGUGGUGUUGAUGCAGAUGGUCUAGAAAUGAUGACCGCGUUGGAGAGGAAUCUGGAUGAACAUCGGUUUAAGAUUCGACAGAAUUGGCGUGAGCUUGCAGAUUUGCUGGAUCGAUACUCCGAUUGA